GUGUCGACCGACCAACCCCGAGACAUAUUGCUUCAUAUCGGACCAGUUAAAACCAAACCCGUCGAAAGGGGAAGAGACUAGAGAGGGUCUGCGCCAUAGUCGUUGUGUUGCAGUUGCAGACAUGGCAUACCUAAGCAUGGGAGAAGCUCACAGACGAAUCGCCGACUAUCUCAGUCGCUUCUCCGAAGCCGUGUUGUCUCAAGACGGAUCCUCACUGAAGCCGCUUCUCUCCGUCUCAUCCAACUCCCCUAUUCUUUUCUCCCUCGCCGACGCUCUCAACGUCUUCCAGGACGCAAAUAGGUUGAUCAAACAGUCUGAUCGAUAUUCGCAGCUGGCAGAAAUCUUAGUCCCUCUUUUCCGCUGCCUGCAGAAUUACAGAAUCGAACACUUGGUUGAUGCGUACACUGCCUUCGAGAAAGCUGCAAAUGCUUUUCUUCAAGAAUUCCGUAAUUGGGAGUCUGCGUGGGCUAUGGAAGCAAUGUACGUUAUUGCCUACGAAAUUAGAGUUCUUGCAGAGAGGGCCGACAAGGAACUUGCUUCGUAUGGAAAGAACCCAGAGAAGCUGAAGGGAGCUGGUUCGUUCUUGAUGAAAGUGUUUGGGGCUCUUGCUGGGAAAGGCUCCAAAAGAGUUGGAGCAUUAUAUGUAACUUGCCAGUUAUUUAAAGUUUAUUUUAAGCUUGGUACAGUGCAUCUUUGCCGAAGUGUGAUAAGAAGCAUUGAAACUGCUCGAAUUUUUGACUUUGAGGAAUUCCCUGUAAGAGAUAAAGUCACUUAUAUGUAUUAUACGGGCCGCUUGGAAGUUUUUAAUGAAAACUUUAUUGCUGCUGAUCAGAAACUAACAUAUGCCUUGACGCACUGCGACCCUCAACGUGAAGCAAACAUAAGGUUAAUCCUUAAAUACCUCGUACCUGUGAAGCUUUCGCUAGGCAUUUUACCCAAAAGGCGGCUCCUGGAGAAGUAUAACCUGGUUGAGUAUAAUAAUGUGGUGCAAGCAUUAAGAAGAGGUGAUCUCCGGCUUCUUCGACAUGCUCUCCAAGAGCAUGAAGAUCGAUUCUUGAGAUCGGGUGUAUAUCUUGUCCUGGAGAAAUUAGAGCUCCAAGUUUAUCAAAGGCUGGUAAAGAAGAUCUACAUAAUCCAAAAGCAGAAAGACCCCAGCAAAGCACACCAGGUGAAAUUGGAAGUUAUUGUUAAAGCCUUGAAAUGGCUCGAGAUGAACAUGGAUGUAGAUGAGGUGGAAUGUAUAAUGGCCAUUCUAAUAUAUAAGAACCUUGUCAAGGGGUACUUCGCUCACAAGAGUAAAGUGGUUGUCCUCAGCAAGCAAGAUCCUUUCCCCAAAUUAAAUGGUAAGCCAGUCAAUUCAUAGGGGAAUUUUCUUAUUUUCAUUUCCUCCUGGGGAUUUAGGAUGUAACUUAUGAAGGAUGAUAUUUUGAUGGUUAUGGUCAAAUUGGUUGUAAUUUCAUGUAAUUGAAGCCCAAUUUUUCAAGGCCAACGUGGCUGAGCUCUGUUACUAGACACUGUUUUGAUUUGGCAUGCCUAUGUUGCCUGGUAUUAUAACCAAUGAGCAGGCGAUAAGUUGGAAA